CCCGCCCGGACCCUUCCUCCGCGGCGCCAGCGCAGGCGCGUCCCCGCAAGCGGAGCCCCAGGCCGGCGCUCGGGGAUGGCGCGCGCACCCCGGUGCCGUGCGGUGCGCGCCCUGCUGCGGAGCCGGUACCGUGAGGUGCUGCCCUUGGCCACCUUCUCUCGGCACCUGGGGCCCGAGGGCCGGCGGCUCGUGCGAGGCGGGGACCCGGCGGCCUUCCGCGCGCUCGUGGCGCAGUGCCUGGUGUGCGUGCCCUGGGACGCGCCGCCACACCCUGUCGCCUCGUGCUUCCGCCAGGUGUCCUGCCUGAAGGAACUGGUGGCCAGGGUGGUGCAGAGGCUCUGCGAGCGCGGCGCCAGGAACGUGCUGGCCUUCGGCUUCGCCCUGCUGGAUGGGCCUCGCGGCGGGCCGCCACUGGCCUUCACAACCAACGUGCGCAGCUACCUGCCCAACACGGUGACCGAGACGUUGCGCGGUAGCAGCGCGUGGGGGCUGCUGCUGCGCCGCCUCGGCGACGACGUGCUCACCCACCUGCUGGCGCGCUGUGCGCUCUACCUGCUGGUGGCCCCCAGCUGCGCCUACCAAGUGUGCGGGGCGCCGCUCUACGACCUCUGCGCCCCCGCGGCGGUUCGGCCCACCCGACAUGAGGACAGGAUCUUGGCGGGCCUCGGACCCACGCGCCAGGCCAGGGGCGGCGGCGACGCAGAGGCUGGGAGACCCCCAAGCCUGCCAGUCCGGGGCGCGUGGCAGCGUCGGGGCCGCGCUAGGGCAACUCCGCCGCCAGCCAAGAAGCCCAGGCGCGGCCUGGCUCCGGAGCCUGAGCAGGCGCUGAGCCACAGCGACCCUCGAGCGGUGACACCUGCCGGCGCCACCGCGGAGGCCGCGUCUUUGGGGCGCGGGCCCCCCAGGACCCGCCGGUCCUUCCAGUUAUUGGGCUGCGGGCGCCAAGCUGGCUACCCACCCACCCAGCGGCCCCAGGGCACGCCCGGGCCCCGAACAUAUGCGGAGACCAAGCGCUUCCUCUACAGCUCAGGGUGCAAAGAGAGGCUGCGCCCCUCCUUCCUGCUCAGCGCCCUGCAGCCCAGCCUGACUGGAGCCCGGACCCUCGUGGAGACCAUCUUUCUGGGCCCGCACCCCCAGCGGCCAGGAGCUCCCCGCAGGAUGCGCCGCCUGCCUGCUCGCUACUGGCGGAUGCGGCCGCUGUUCAGGGAGCUGCUCGGCAACCAUGCGAAGUGCCGCUAUGGCGCGCUCCUCAGGGCACACUGCCCGCUUCGGGCCACCAACACCCUGGCGGGUGCCAAUGUCCAAGAGCGCAGUGGAGUGGGCGUGUGUGCCGCGGAGGGGCGGAUGGCGGCGUCCACGGAGGGUGCGGGCCCACGGCGCCUGGUGCAGCUGCUCCGCCAGCACAACAGCCCCUGGCAGGUGUACGCACUCCUGCGAGCCUGCCUCCGCCGGCUGGUGCCUGCUGGCCUCUGGGGCUCCAGGCACAAUGAGCGACGCUUCUUGCGGAACGUAAAGAAGUUCAUAUCUCUGGGAAAGCAUGCCAGACUCUCGCUGCAGGAGCUGACCUGGAAGAUGAAGGUGCAAGACUGCACCUGGCUACGCCGGAGCCCAGGGGCUCGCUCUGUCCCGGCUGCUGAGCACCGUCUGCGAGAGGCGGUCCUGGCCAAGUUCCUGUGCUGGCUGAUGAACACAUAUGUGGUUGAGCUGCUCAGAUCUUUUUUUUAUGUCACGGAGACCACGUUUCAGAAGAACCGGCUCUUCUUCUACCGGAAGAGUGUCUGGAGCCAGUUGCAGAGCAUUGGAAUCAAACAGCACUUCGAUAGCGUGCAGCUUCGGGAACUGUCGGAAGAGGAGAUGAGGCAGCGUCAGGAAGCCAGGCCCGCCCUGCUGAUGUCCAAGCUCCGCUUUCUCCCCAAGCCCAGUGGACUGCGGCCAAUCGUGAACAUGGACUAUGUCGUGGGCGCCAGGACAUUCCACAGGGACAAGAAGGUCCAGCAUCUCACCUCCCAAGCCAAGACACUGUUCGGUGUGCUGAACUACGAGCGGGCACAGCGCCCAGGCCUCCUAGGGGCCUCUGUGCUGGGCAUGGACGACAUCUACAGGGCCUGGCGCUCCUUCGCGCUCCGCAUGCGGGCCAGGGACCCGGCAUCCCAGCUGUACUUCGUCAAGGUGGACGUGAUGGGCGCGUAUGACGCCCUCCCCCAGGACAGGCUGGUGGAGGUGAUCGCCAGCGUGAUCAGGCCCCAGGAGAACACGUACUGUGUGCGCCAGUAUGCUGUGGUCCGGAGGACUGCCCGUGGACAUGUCCACAAAGCCUUCAAAAGACACGUGUCCACCUUCAUGGACCUGCAGCCCUACAUGAGACAGUUUGUGGAGCAUCUGCAGCAGACAAGCUCUCUGAGGGAUGCCGUGGUCAUCGAGCAGAGUUCCUCCCUGAACGAGGCCGGCCACAGCCUUUUUGAUUUCUUCCUGCGGCUGGUGCACCACCACGUCAUCAGGAUCGGGGGCAAGUGCUACGUCCAGUGUCAGGGGGUCCCCCAGGGCUCCAUCCUGUCCACUCUGCUCUGCAGCCUGUGCUAUGGGGACAUGGAGAACAAGCUGUUUUCUGACGUUCAGCAGGACGGGCUGCUCCUGCGUUUGGUGGAUGACUUCCUGCUGGUCACACCUCACCUGACACAAGCAGAAGCCUUUCUCAGGACUCUGGUCCGAGGCGUCCCCGAGUACGGCUGUGUGGCCAACUUGGGAAAGACGGUGGUGAACUUCCCCGUGGAGGUCAGCACCCUGGGCGGCACGGCACCCCUCCAGCUGCCAGCCCGCUGCCUGUUUCCCUGGUGUGGCUUGUUGCUGGACACCCAGACGCUGGAAGUGCUCUGUGACUACUCCAGUUACGCCCAGACCUCAAUCAAAGCAAGUCUCACCUUUAACCAGGGCUUCAAGCCCGGUAGGAACAUGCGUCGCAAGCUCUUCGCGGUCCUACGACUGAAGUGUCACGGUCUGUUUAUGGACCUGCAGGUGAACAGUCUCCAGACGGUUUGCACAAACAUGUACAAGAUAUUCCUGCUUCAGGCCUAUAGGUUCCACGCGUGUGUGCUCCAGCUUCCGUUCGGCCAGCACGUUAGGAAGAGCCCCUCGUUUUUCCUCCGGGUCAUCUCUGACACUGCGUCACGCUGCUACGCCCUUCUGAAAGCCAAGAACCCAGGGAUGUCGCUGGGCGCCAGGGGCGCCUCCGGCCCUUUUCCUUCUGAAGCCGCGCAGUGGCUCUGUCUCCACGCCUUCCUGCUCAAGCUGGCACGCCACAGCGUCACCUACAGGUGUCUUCUGGGGGCGCUCCGGGCAGCCAAGGCCCGGCUGAGCCAGCAGCUCCCCAAGGUGACCCUGGCUGUUCUGGAGGCAGUGGCUGACCCGGCCCUGACCACAGAUUUCAAGACCAUCUUGGACUGACCGCCAGCCCUUCCCACAUCCCGCGUUGGGCUGCAGCCUGGCACACUGUGGGAGGGGCCGCUGCUCCCUGAGCCUGGUCCUCUCCCCGAGCCCCAGGAAUGGGGGCUGCCAGCCAGGCUGCUCCAGGGAAGGGGCUGGCCCGCAUGUCUUCAGGGAAGCGGGGCCUGCCCACUGCCACCUUCUGGGGACCCGGGUGCCAACCUUUAGCUGCUGGCCACCAGGAGAAGGCAGGUGGGAGAACUGGGUGGACACAGGGAAUGUCGGGGACCUUUGUCGCCCUCUUCACUGCGGGGCUGUCCCAGGCAGGAGCUAUGGCACGCGUGUCCCCAAGGGCACAGGGAGGUAUGUGGACGCCGCCUCAUGUCCUGCACGUCCUGCACAGCCCUGCCCUGCCUUCCCGACCGCCCCACCCGCCUUCCCUGGAGACGCAUCCAAAGUUCCAGCCUCAGGCUUCCGGAAAGCAAAAGGCCCAGUCAGCUGUUUGUGGCCCGGCCGACCCCGCCCAGCCGUGCCCCCAGCCUCAUCCUGUUUCUCAUGCCCACACUGGCACCUGGACCACCGGUGUCCAGAUGCGUCCCUGCACACGGCCCAGGCCAUACUGACCGCCCUCCAUGCGGCCUCCACAGCCCCCCGCCACCCCCCCACCGCCUCUACCUCCACCCGCCACCCCGGGGGCAGGGGGGCAGGGCAAGGAAAGAAAAUAUUGUGCCUUUGUUUAUUUUCCAUAGUUUUAAGUUUUUCUUACAUAUUAAAACGUGCACUGCACAGGUA